GCUGUGGCCACACCCAUCGGCGAGCGGAUCCACGGGCAGCGCGUCGUCGGCCGCCGCGCUCCAGCCUCCGCCCGCACCGAGCCGCGGGACCCGGCCGCACCGGGGAGGGGCCUCUCCGGGCCGCAGCGCGAGGGCAGCGAGGGCGGCGGGGACCCGGCACCGGGCGCGGCCGGCGGCAGCGACCAUGAUCGCUUUGUUCAACAAGCUGCUGGACUGGUUCAAGGCCCUGUUCUGGAAGGAGGAAAUGGAGCUCACGCUGGUGGGGCUGCAGUACUCGGGCAAGACCACCUUCGUCAACGUGAUCGCGUCAGGACAGUUCAAUGAGGACAUGAUCCCCACUGUGGGUUUCAACAUGCGCAAAAUCACCAAAGGGAAUGUGACCAUCAAGCUCUGGGACAUUGGGGGACAGCCCCGCUUCCGCAGCAUGUGGGAGCGCUACUGCAGAGGAGUGAGCGCCAUCGUGUAUAUGGUGGAUGCUGCGGACCAGGAGAAGAUCGAGGCCUCCAAGAAUGAGCUCCACAACCUGUUAGACAAGCCACAGCUACAAGGCAUCCCGGUCUUAGUUCUUGGUAACAAGCGAGAUCUCGCAGGAGCCCUAGAUGAGAAGGAGCUGAUUGAGAAAAUGAAUCUGUCUGCUAUUCAGGACCGAGAGAUCUGCUGCUACUCCAUCUCCUGCAAAGAGAAGGACAACAUAGAUAUCACCCUACAGUGGCUUAUUCAACACUCAAAGUCACGGAGAAGCUGAGACUGUGGCUCUUCUUCGGACCAGGGACCACAGGCACCUAACCUGAAGCCGAGCUCCCCGCCCGCCCUGUUGUCUCCCCCUAACCCUCUCCUCUUUACCUAGUGUGGGGAGGACCCUCUGGGCUCCUAGAGUCCCAUUCUGCUGAGGUUUCAACUCCUGUUUUUAUUGUAAAAUAAUUGCCCCCCCAAUCUGGUCCCCUAACCUCUCUCCCUUGCUCUCUUUGUCCUUUCAGCCAGCCCCCCUUCCCUCCCCUCGCCAUAGCCCUGCCCCACAACCCCUGUCCUUACUUCCUGCCCCACCCUUUUUCUUCCCUUUUCAACAGUUAUUGUCCUGUGUGUACAGUAUAUAUAUGUAUAUAUAUUUUAAUUUUUUAAUUUAAGCAAAGACUAAGAUCAACCAUUUGAUGCUGCAGGGGCCAAUUAGGACCUGGGAGGGACAAACUGGAAAGGCGGGAAGAGAUGCAGGGUCAGGGUCAACUUGGGGCAAAUUCAGAUGCAAAAAAGAGGAGGCUGACACUUGGGACAGGCACCGGCCUGGCCACUGGUGGUUGUCCCCAUGUCCUGUAAAGUGUUUCUGUCUCCCAAUAUAGGGCCUGAAUGGUCAGGCUGGCUGGCACCUCCUUUUCUGUCCCCAGCCUUGGUAGGACCCCAGGCCUAAGGAGGAAUGCCAUCCCAGUGAUCCCCACCCUCACUGCUCCUGGCCCCAGCUCCUGCCCCUACCCAGGGCCCCCACCUCCACGGCCCAUCUCAUUUUCUGUUCUCAUUUCAUAGUUGUACGAGGAGAGAACUCAGCAUGGGGGGGUUGGUUCUUUGGUUUUAUUCGUUUGUUUGUUUAACUUAAUAAUUUGUAAAGUGAUGUUCUUCCUUUUUACACUUUUCAGCUCAUAUUUAACCUCUGUUUGGAAAAUGAUUCUUGUUAACUGUACUUUUUUUUUUUUUUUUUUUUGCCUCCUAAUAAUGACAACAAUAAAUUACCAAUUUUGUGUUGGGGGUGU